GCGUAGAAAUCUGGCGCCAAAAAACACUCGUGGGGGCGGUUUCAAUGAGAAAGUCACUGUUUUUGGUGAAAGAGACAGAUGCGCUUUGGGUUUUUUUGUCUUUGGAGUCGUACAGAGCGAACGCUAUCAGUCGGCGGUGUCUCGAGAUGAUCGGUCAGAAAACCAUCGCAUCGUAUUUCAGCUCCAAAACCAACACCAACACCAGGAACCCGUCUGAGGUCUCCGGGAAUGGAGAGGAGGAGAACCCACCGCAGCAGGUGGCUCCCGGAAAGAAGGCCAGAGUCGACCGGGGUGACGAGGAGACCCAGCCACUGAAGCCGAGCUGCCCGCUCAGCCCCGAGCAGUUGUCCCGCAUCGAGAGGAACAAACGGGCGGCUCUGCUCAGAUUCGCGGCCAGGAAUGUGCCCGAGGGCUUUGGGGAGAGUUGGAAGAAAGAGCUGCUACAGGAGUUCAACAAACCGUACUUCAUGAAGCUGAUGGAAUUUGUGGCGUUAGAGAGGAAACGUUACACAGUUUACCCGCCUCCCGACCUGGUCUUCAGCUGGACGCAGUUGUGUGGCAUUGAGGAUGUGAAGGUGGUGAUUCUCGGCCAGGACCCUUACCACGGACCGAACCAGGCUCACGGGCUGUGCUUCAGUGUGCAGCGACCUGUGCCCCCACCCCCCAGUUUGGAAAACAUGUACAAGGAGCUGAAAUCCGACAUCGAAGGCUUUGAACAUCCAGGACACGGCGACCUGACCGGAUGGGCGAAGCAAGGCGUGUUGCUGCUGAACGCGGUGCUGACGGUGCGAGCGCAUCAGGCGAACUCGCACAAGGAGCGCGGCUGGGAGGCCCUGACUGACGCCGUGGUGUCCUGCCUGAAUCGUACCCAGCACGGGCUGGUCUUCAUGCUGUGGGGGGCCCACGCACAGAAGAAGGGGAGCUCCAUCGACCGGAAGCGACACCACGUACUACAGACAGCCCAUCCCUCCCCCCUCUCCGCGCACAGGGGCUUCCUGGGCUGCCGACACUUCUCCCAAACCAACGAGAUCCUGGUGAAGGCGGGGAAGACUCCCAUCGACUGGAAGGCCCUGUGAGGCCGGGGGUGUCCUGCGGAAUUCCCCCUCCUCUCCCCACCGCCCCCCACCCACUGAAUGACGAACUCACACCAGAUCUGCUGAUAGAUUUAUGGGGGAGUGAGUGACUGUAUAAGGUUUCUUUUACACACAGUCAAAAGCCAAUUUACGAAUACUCCCACCACAUCUUUGGAUGCCAGUCUCUCCCAGGAGGGAGGGGGCAACGGAGGUAAGUAUAAGGUUUAUAAUGCAAUCUCUCUCGUCAGUUGCAAGCGAGAGAACCAGGGUUUGAUUCCCGGCCGGGCGGGGCAAAACUU